AACGCUGAAAACAUGUAAAAAAUUUAUUCAUUUAUCAACUGUGGAACAAGAUGCCCAAAUUUUUCCAAAUUUUCAUUAUUCUCACACUGUUAUAUUUCUUAAGAGGGAAGACAAGAUCUCUACAUCAUAGAAUCAAGAGACUUGAAGACCUAUUUCAUGACAUUUUGGCGGAUGAUCUCUAUACAGAAACAAUUUCAAGCAGAGAAGAGCCGGAAAAUGGCCGCGAGAACAUUAAUAAGGAAGGUAAACAAUCAAAACUAAAAUCGAAAGAUGUGAGGAAAGAAAAUUCUGCUAAUUCUGGUGGAACUCUGGUCAUUGAAGGAUUGGAAAAAUUUAAGUACUACCCAAAAGUGAAACCAAAAAUUGAUUACCCUUAUUUUAAUUCUGCAAGAAAAGACAUUUUGUCUAGAUCGUGGAAUUCUUCAAAAGAAACAACAUCAGGUUCUAUUGUGGAUACUCAAGAUACAGAACCCAAUUGUAUAGAGAUUACAUCGAGUAGGCCUAGGAUGUCAUCAACGCAGAAACCCAUGACCACACAUUCUCCAAUAACAGGAACACUUUGUGAUUGUUUAGUAACUGGUUCUGAAUUCAUAGAUAUGCGACCCGAAGAUUGUCCAGAAAUAAUGCGUAACAUUUUAUUUAAAUCAGUUGAAGAUGGUAUGGAUUGUAAAUCAAUUAUAAAGCAACUGGGCCUAAGAUACGUGCAAUUUUUGCGACCAUUUCCACCUAUAGUAAACAUAUACGCACCACCUAUGGUGAAUAUGUUUUCACCACCAAUUCUUCCACGGCCGAUGACCUUACCUAUAUCUUACUUAAAAUAUCCAAGAAGAAGACAAGCCGCACAAGAAAAGUAUCACAAUAAUGUUAAGAAUAACAACGAUUUGAAACAUUCAUCGUCUUUAUGAUUAAUCAAAAAACCAAUAUAGAUUCCAAUAAUAAGUAUUAAUAUUAGGGUAGUAGGGUACUAGGGUAUAAAUGAAAAGGUAAAGUUAAGGUAAUCAUCAUCAUCAGAAUCAAUUUCACUUCCAGCAACAUAUCUCUCUUUAACACCUGCAAUGAGUUUCCUUAUGAAAAAGUGUGAAUUAUAAAUGAGUUUGAUCUUCCAUCAUAAGUAAUCAAUCAGAAAUUGAUACAAUUACAAACAACAGCAUCAGAGACCAUCGUGCAAGAAUUUAUUAUAUGGAAUACUUUAUUAAGAAAGGCAUCUCUUAUUUGCGCCAAAAUCAAUAAGAGUGAUAUUAUUCAUGCAACCUUGUGAAGCUGCACAGACUCCAAAGGCUUGAAGAACAACAUCAACGAUUCGCUGGGAAGUUAAUACAUUUCCACCAACUACAGCCGCUUCAUCUGAAGGAUCAAGUAGUGAUCCUUUGGGAAUAAUAACUUUUACUGGUUUCAAGCAACCCUGAAAAAUAUGGUACAAUAUUGCUGAUUUUACUCGAAGUGUUAAUUUGGCUCGAGAUUUAAAAACAAUAAAAUAAAGUGCUUUUCCUACUUUAUAAAAAAUCGCAAAAUAUUAUUUAUCAACAAUAUUCAUUUUGCGAGUGUCAAUAGAACCGUUUAUUGUAACAUACGUCAAUUUUGCCAUCUUUCAUCUUUAGUAACAUGAAUGUGUUCCGUAUAUAUGGACAUGCUUUAUAAUUGAUUUUUAAGCUA